AUGGAGGAGAAUAAGCCUCCUACCGCGGCUGCCACAACCAAGCUCAAGCAGGCAAAAUUGUCAUUUUUCAAGAGUACACCAGUUUCUGUAAAAACCAACACACCUGUGCAAGGAAAGAAGAGAAGGAACUCUGGUUCAAGUUGUCUGGAUUCGCCAACCAAAUUAUCGAAAUCUGGCAAACCAUUAAACCCCAUCGCUACAGAUAAUACUGAGUGCCAGAACGCUAAGGCUCACAAAAUUCGCAAAAUAUGCAAUACUAAGAAAAUUGAUGCUAAUGACCACGAAGUCAGCUCAAGUUCUGAAGCCGAAGCAGGCAUUACAAAAAGUGGCAGCGGAAAACUGGAUAGAUUUGUCUGCAAGUGGUCUCAAGAUCCCCACCAUGAAAUCUCAUCUACGAAUGAAAUGUUUGAAAUAUGUCAGCAGAAUGAGGUUCCCAGUGAGGAUAUAAAAUCGGCUGUUGAUGACAACAAUCUAGGUCACUUGCAGCCAGCAGUUACGGAUGUAGCUAUAGAGCCUGACUGCAUUGUAAUUGAGGAUUCUAUGGAUGGCAAGUUAGAGAAAUGUGAUGCCUGUCCUAGCUCAUUAGACAGCCUCGAACCAGUUACAUCUGAACCCACAGCUCCAGUUACAAUUGAGCCAGUUAAAUCUGAACCCACGGCUCCAAAUGCACUCGAACCAGUUACAUCUGAACCCACAGCUCCAGUUACAAUUGAGCCAGUUAAAUCUAAACUAGCUGCUCCAAGUACACUUGAACCAGUUACAUCUGAACCCACAGCUCCAAAAACACUCAAGCCAGUUAAAUCUGAACCCACAACUCCAAAAACUCUCGAACCAGUUACUUCUGAAUCCUUGGCUGUAAAAACACUUGAGCCAGUCCCAUCUGAACCCAAGGUGCUAAAUACACUUGGGCCAGAUGCAAUGGACAAACUGAAACAAGAGCAAAAGGAAAAGCUGGAAAAGGAAAGGCUAGAAAAAGAGAGAGCUAAAGAGGAGGAGCGGAAAAAGAAGGAAGAGGAGAAGGCAAAAAGAGAGGAAGAAAAGAAGAAAAA